AUGGCGCUGCGAUCGUUGCUGCUGUUCAUCUUGCUUCUGCAAGCAAUGCAGAUCAAUGGCAAGGCAAAGUUCACUAACAUACAGUGCGUUAGCUACGAUCAAAACAUUACAAUAUUUAACACUUGCCGCUUAUAUGCGGUUAAGCGCGAUGUUGCUGAAGUGGCUUUACGUCUGCAGAUAAUCAAUUUUCCCAAGCAGCCAAUAACGAUGCGCAUACAACUAUUGAAGAGAGCUAGUGGCUAUAAGCCCUUUCUCUAUGAUGUAAGCCAUCAUGAUUUUUGUGAAUAUCUGGAGAAACGCAAUCAUCCUUUUGUCAAUAUUAUCUUCAAUAGUCUUGCCAACUACACAAACGUCAACAAGUGUCCUUUGCCGUCCCAACUGUCAAUAGAGCACUUUCGUUUUCCUGUCAAAUCGCUGGACUUGCUGCCACUGCCCUUUGGAGAAUACGCUAUAUAUGCCACAUUUAGUGCUGAGCAACGGGAACGUCUGCAGCUGAAGGUAUUUUUUACGCUCACUGAAUUUCGCAAGUGA